AGCCACAAACAGAUGGACAAACAUAACAAUGACUUCUGGGGAGGGGCCAAAAUUAUUCAAAUUGCCAUUACAAGAGCUUUUAUUGGACAGUCUGGUCAGCUGACCCAAAAUGCCUUCAGAUUUAAAUAAGAAAUAAUAUAAAGAUAGAAGUGUUCAAACCAAAAUCCAAAAGACAUUAUGAUUGCUGUUAAUUUUUGCAUGUUCUUUAUUGAAAAAAGAAUACAGGAACAAAAUACAAGGACCUUGAGAGAACACAAAGAAAUGCUGAGAACAAUCACUCGUCUGCUUUUUGGGAGAGAGGAGGAAGCCACAGAAGUUGUCAAGUCUGGAGAUGUGGUUGAAGAAGACUGGCUUCUCGUUGGCCAUCAAGUGGCAGUCACUGAUGUAAGUCCAGCAGAGGACCAGGGUGCGGAGCAAGUCAGCAUCCAGCAUUCAAAUUCUGCUCCUGAUGGACACAGUAAAGUGGACCCUGGUAUUAGCAUGUUGGAUCAGGAGUCCACAGUUGGAAGCAACAACACUUCCAGUCAAACCCUUGCUGCCUUGUUGUCUCAUACUGCAGCGACAGCCAAAAUGACACAGUUAACCUCCAUACAAAAGGCCAAAGCCUGGGCAGAUCGUCACCACAUGUCCCGUAACGUCAUUCAGCGCAGGAACCGCGUUUGUCGAGAAGUCCACCACCACUCAUUUCAACUCCAGCAGCCGGGUCAUCGCAGCCUCAGCCACUGAAGCUCUGAAUACGCAACCGCAUCUACUCACAGGCAGCUAUUUUAUGAACCUAUACUUUAUAAGUAAGCUGUAAACCUUAUUUUUAUGUGCAUGUGAUUUAUUUACACAAUGAUGUAGAAAGUUUGCAGCUGUGUAAAAUACAUUCUCAAUUUUUUUUUUAGGAGAAUUGUAAUUUGUGUACUGACAUACCUUUGUUUGUAUGCACUUAAUUUAUAACCUAAUAGCACAAUAAAGAUAAACAUUAAAUCUAGACUUGCAUCUCAGAUGUACCUUCUGGCAAAUUGUUGCUGAACUUUCAGGUCUUCUUUUUAUUAAAAUCCUCUACUAGAUAUGUAAUGACUACUAGAUAAUAUCUGUGCUAAUUCUUUAUUUUAUGUUAGCUAUCAAGUAUUUGUGUUAUUUGGAAGUUCUGAGAAUGUAAGUUAAGUUUGACUUCAUCAUAUGUCCAAGUUUCAGACACAGGGAGAGCUCCCCCUGUUGG